AUGUCCUCUUCCGACACCCCCACCACAAUCCACCGCCUCACCGCCGGCACCGCCCUGCUCCUCUCCUCCCUCACCGCCGGCCUCUCCCUCUCCCUCUCGCUCUUCCUCACCCCGCGCCUCCUCGAGUCCCCCACCCCGCUCAUGCUGCAGCAAUGGCGCCGCACCUAUGCCCGCGGCGCCGCUGUCCUCCCCCCGGCGGCGCUGGUUGCGGCUGCGGGGUAUCUUUGGUUGGGGUUGGGGUUGGGAUCGAGGGUGGGGGGGGGUUGGGGAGGUCGAGGUUGGGUUGGGGGAGAGGGUGAAGGUGAGGGAGGAGAAGAUGGAGAGGGAGGAGGAGGAGGAGGAAGCGGUUACGGCGGUGGAGGUGCAGGAGGAGGAGGGGGAGGAGGGGGUGGUUACUGUGGAGGAGGAGAGGACGGCGAAGGGGUUGGUGGAUUGGUGGGGGGUGUUGAAUUUGGGGAGGGCCGCGUUGUUGAUUGGGGGGGCAGCUUGUGGGUUGGCGGCGACCCUUUGAGGGGGUUUGGCUAA